GUUUUUCAGCGAAAAAGACUUAGCAACGAAAACGUUAUCGUUGUUAAGAUGUCUGAUGAGCCUAAGGAACGACCAAAGCGACGUAGAAAACUUCGAAAGUUAGAUGGUGAGGCGGAUGGAGAUGUUCAACCCAUAGAAGAUAGUGUUGAUCAUCAAGAUCCUUUAACUGUUAAAAAGAAGAGAAAACGCAGAAAGAAGAAGGCAGUUGGAGAUCUACCUCAACCAACUGACCAACCGAUCGGCAUUGAAACAGAAUUGCGUGACUUGAACGAAGAUAUAGUAGAAUGUGAUCCUAAUUGGCAGAUUACAAAUACAAAAGGUCAAGGAACAAUGAAAUCUGAGUUGACAGACAAAAUAUUUAUAGAGAAGAAAUCAGGAUUUCAAUCGACUACCAAAGCCAAACUGGAGAAAAGAGAACGAAUCGACAUAAUAAAUAAUAGAGAAAAUGUACAAGCUGAAAAUCACCAAAAAAACACAAUGGACUUUGCUAUAUCCACCCAAAAAGUAAUAAAAAUGUUCUCAACAUUCUGUAUUGGAUUACUCGGAGGUGUUGGUUUUUGGCACAUUAUGACAUCGUUCAUUAUGUAUAGUGACCUUACAAAUGACGAAUUCUUAAAAGGUUCAACGAGAUUAGCAUCUCCUGGACAAAGUUUCUAUUAUCUUAUGUUUGCAAUAUGUACGAUAUCAGUCUGUGAUAGAUUUGACUUAGGCCGACCUACAUCGGUUUGCAUGCUAACCCAUAAAUCAGGAGUAUUCGCAAUUAUUGUCUACGUGAUAGGACUUGUUAUAUCUUUAUCUAUGGCUGCAAUAGAACAAAAAAUGUCAGCCUGGAAUGACAAAAAAGACGUUUGGUCAACAGUUAAAGACAGGGAUGACGAUCUGAGUCUUUGGUUAAAGCUAAAUACUGCAAGAGGAACAAUGGCAAUAAUAGGGUGGUUUGUGAUUAGUUUACAAACAAGAACUGAUAGAUUGAGUGAUAAUUUAAUUAUUGCUAAUGAAGAUAUAAUGAAUGACAUGUCUAUGCCAUCAUUCGAAAAGAAUAAUGUAACAAGUCAUGGAGUUACUAACAGGGCUUUCAGUAGUAUGGCUUAA